AUGUCGAACGCCGAAUUGACGGCAACGGUGCUCGACCUCGGCAAGAUGGUGGCCGGGAUUCAUGCGUUCCUUUUGGGACCGCAAGGACCACAGCCGAUCCCACCACCGCCGCCCACGCAGCAGCAACUGCCGCCGCCGCCGCUUCCGGCUUGGAUCGCCGGUUUGUCGAAACCCAUCUACACGGCGCCCAGUACCCAGCCGCACUUACCGCCGCUCCCGACCACCGGGGCUGUCAUGGCGCAUGGCGGCGCCCCGGCUCCGGGCGUCCUCUACGGCGGGGUGGACGGCCCCCUGUUCCACGGCGGCAGCCUGAUGCCGACGCUCUCCGGCGUGUCGUCCUCGCUGGACAGCACGGGCGCGGCGCCCUCGGCCUCCGCACAGGACCCGCCGCUAGUUGCGCUUAGCUGCGCGGAGGACCUCAAUCUCGUCCGCUGCGUCGGGGAUCUCAGGCAUGCGGUUUCCCCCACGGCCAGCGGGCAUGCUAUUUUCCGCGGCAAAGGCGGUGCAGACCAGCAGCUGUCUGGCGGGGAGAAGGUGUGGGGUCACCAGCAAGAGCGCACCGUGUAG